AUGAUGGUUGACAAGGGUAUUGUAAGCUGCCAUCCUGCAGCAAUUAGUAUCCGAUCAGCGAGAUGGUUGUCGCGUACGUCACAGUCCCUACCGAGCAGCUCAGUUUGGCCAUUCUUCAAUUUGCUGGGACCUUCGACUAUAUCAAUCAUGGGAAUUUGUUCAUACUUGGGAAAAUGCGCUACUCAGCUUAUCCUGAUUGCCAUUAACUGCGUGCUAGCACUCGGUGGCGCCUUGGUGCUGUAUGUGGGUAUCUACAUGCGCCACGCUGGCUGGGUGGACGUGAUUCAGGGCUACUGGUCAAAUAUCGACGACGCAGUGACCGCCCUCAUUGUGAUCGGGGCUGUGAUCAUCGGUCUCGCAGUGUUAGGGACCCUUGCAGCGCUCUGUCGAUGGAGAUUUGGACUCUGCACGUACGCGAUCGUGGUGCUGUUGUUCCUGAUUCUGUUCGCGAUUGUCGCUAUCGCUGUAUUCAUCCUUAUGGCCAAGGCCAACGACUGGAGCGACAAGAAAUACCCUGCUGAGGAGACUGAAGAGACCGUAAAGACCGACUUCGACCAGGUUUACUGCUACGCGCAAGGCGAAUAUAUUUGCAACGACGCGUCGGUGUCGGAAGCGCUGACCAUGUUCGCUCCCGAGCUCGAUACGGCAAUUGUGGCACUAUUCGAGAACACGACCGGCGGUGUGAAUACGCUGUGUGACGAAUACCUCAGCGACUAUAGCCAACUCGAGAGUCUCUGCGAUGGAUGUGACACAGCACGCGAGUUCGAGAACUACACGAAGGUGUUCGAUUGGGCAGACAGUCAAUGUCCUAGAACCAAUGAAACUCUCGUCUAUUGCGGGGAGUUCUUGGCGACGGGAUCACUGUCGAACAUUACUGUUGGCACUGCGCCAUAUGAUAAAUGCCGAUCCGAGUUCUUGGACCUCGUGGAAGACUACUCGCUGUAUAUGGGCAUCGGCAGCGUGCUCAUAUGUCUCGGAGCACUCAUGAUCAUCAUCUUCACCUUCUGUCUGCGUCGCCGAGACCAGCUUGGCCGUAACCAUACUGACCUGGAAGACGAUCCUGUUACCCCAUCGAUGGAAUACCCUCGAUACCAGUACACCAAGGCGUAG